UAGAUUAGAGCGAUUUGUCAAUGGAAUGAGAGAUGCAUUAACAUAUGAACUACCAGUGAACGCCAAUAGAUACCAACCAAACAACACCAACAUAAAGGAAUUUGGAACGUUCGACUUUAUCAUUGUGGGAGCUGGAUCGGCUGGUAGCGUUUUGGCACGCCGACUAUCAGAAAUUAAAGAGUGGAGAAUUCUGGUUCUGGAGGCAGGAAAAUUUGGAGACGCUUUCACAGACAUCCCCGGAAUGUACUUCUACGUCCAAGGCACCGAUUACAACUGGGCAUUCACCAGUAUUCCUCAGACCACUUGUUGUCAAGGCAUGGUUGACAAAAAAUGUCCAUACGCCCGGGGAAGGGGCGUGGGUGGUUCAUCCCUGAUAAACGGAUUAAUGUAUGUUCGAGGCAAUCACCACGAUUUCGAUCGUCUAGAAAACGAAGGACUACGCGGUUGGUCCUAUAAAGAUGUUUUACCAUUGUUUAUAAAAUCGGAAGACACGUAUAUUUUUAAUGCGGAGCCAGGUUACCAUGGCCACAGUGGUCCCUUAACCGUCGAAUAUCACAAUCCCUACAGUCCCCAAAUGUACAAGUUUAUCCAAGCCAACAACGAAUUAGGUAACAAAUUUGUGGACUACAAUGGUAAAUCACAACUCGGAGUGUCGUUGUCACAGCUGAACAACAUCAAAGGGCGCAGAGACGAUACUGGCAAAGCUUUCGUUAAGCCCGUUCUCAACAGAACGAAUUUAGUGGUAAAAACUGAAAGUUUUGUAACAAAAAUCCUAUUUAAUGGUACCAAAACUGAAGGAGUAGUGUUCAGUAACAAUGGUCAAUUGUACAGAGCAUUAGCUUCAAAGGAAGUAAUAGUAUCAGCUGGCUCCCUUCAGUCGCCUCACAUUUUACAGUUAUCUGGUGUAGGCAAAGCCGAAGAUUUAUCCAGACAUAACAUUCCACUAGUUAAAAAUUUGGCUGUAGGAGAAAAUUUGUGGGACCACGCCACCUUUUACGGAUUGACCUUAACAAUGGAUUUCGAAGAGCCAAUCUUGAGUCUCACUGAUUACGUUAAGGAAUACUUAAGUGGUGAGGGACCGUUUGCCAUAGCUGGUAACAACCAAGGAUUAUCUUAUUGGAGGACAAAUUUUAGUACCAAUCCCGAAGUUCCAAACCUGGAAAUCAUGAUUGUACCCUCGAAUGGUACCAGUCCGUACACACAAAAAGGCUUCUUCUUCACCAACGAAACUUACGACAACCUGUACGGCUAUCUAAACGAUGCUAAAUUUUUCAAAAUUUACGUCAUACUACUUUAUCCAAAAUCCCGUGGUUCGGUGAAAUUAAAGUCAAGCAGCCCUUACGAAUAUCCCGUCAUAGACUCCAGAUUUUUGGAACAUCCGGACGACAUGUAUCAGAUGUACCAAGGCGUUAAUAUAGUAAAGAAAUUAAUAAACACGCACGCAUUUCAGGAGGUAGGAAUUCAAUUACAUUUGCCUCAUUUACCAGCCUGCAAGAACUACACACUCGACUCCAAACCUUAUUGGUAUUGUUUAAUCAGACAAGUGACAAUGAACGUUUACCAUCCUAUGGGGACAUGUAAAAUGGGUUUGAACUCGAGUAAAGAUGCUGUUGUUGAUGAAAGACUUAGAGUUCAUGGAAUUAAGGGAUUGAGAGUUGCCGAUGGAAGCGUGUACCCGAAUCCUAUUGCAGCACAUCCAAACGCUCCCAUUAUUAUGGUUGGCGAAAAAGCUAGUAACAUGAUAAAGGAAGAUUAUGGGAAAUCAACUGGAAACUAAAGUUAUAAUUAAUAUUUAUCUUAUCACUACUGUAUUAUGUAAAUUAAUUUUAUUUUUAUAACUGAUGGCAACAGAGAACCAUGAAAUAUUUUAAAAAUAUUUUAUAUUAAAGUAAACAUCUAAAUAAUUGUUCUAAGUGUACAAAUUAAAAUUUGUUUUUAUAUGUGGUUAUUUAGGUAUAUAUGGUUAAGUAACUGGUGAAAUAAA